AUGGAGGCAAUGAAGAUGAAACUCUUUGUGGCUGUUUUGGUGGCGGUGAUGGCUUUCUCUGCCGUGCAACAGGCUGCCGCCGUGGAGGCUCCGGCUCCGAGCCCUACCUCCGACGCUUCCUUGUCUAUCCCCGCAUUUGUUGCUACCGUAGCCACUCUGGCAUUUGGGUUUCUCUUCUAA